AUGCAGUUGUUGCUCACUCUAGAUACUCUACCACCCUCCCAGCUGAUUCCAGAUGAGCUCUAUAUGCUGGAAAUUGACCGUCUUCUCCAACCUGGUGGCUAUUGGGUUUACUCUAGGCCACCAGUCAACUGGAAAUCUGCAUACAACAUUUCGAAUCAAGGGACCAGAGACAUGCAGGACAAUCAAUUAGCUAUGGAUGAUAUGUCGAAUAAGCUUCGUUGGACUAAGGUGUCUGAAGAGGGCACGAUUUCUGUUUGGAGAAAGCCUUCUUGUCAUCUCCACUGUGACCAAGAAGCAAAUGCAAAGCUCUUAGGAUUGCCACCACUCUGUACAGGAGAAGACCCAGAUAGUGCCUGGUAUGCGAAUAUUUCAAUGUGUAUGGCAUGUAUUCCAAGAGCUGAACCUUUUAAUGGCUGUGCUGGUGGUGCCAUGGAAAAAUGGCCUAAAAGACUUGUUGCAGUGCCACCAAGGAUAGCCAGUGGGGAAAUGAAGUGGUUGUCCAUUCAGAGAUAUAAACAUGACACUUUGAUUUGGGAGAAAAGGGUUAACUUCUAUUUAACAUAUCUAAAAUAUUUGUCUAAUGGAACUUACAGAAAUGUCAUGGACACGAGUGCUGGUUUUGGUGGCUUUGCUGCUGCUAUGUCCAAGCAUCCUGUUUGGGUCAUGAAUGUGGUUCCUGCAAAUACAACAGAGAAUACUCUUGGUGUCAUCUAUGAGCGAGGUUUGAUUGGAACAUACACUGACUGGUGUGAAGCCUUCUCUACUUAUCCACGAACAUAUGAUCUGAUACAUGGUAAUGAAAUCUUCAGCUCCCAUAUUCACAAAUGUGGGAUUAUUGACAUCCUGGUUGAGAUGGAUCGCAUUCUCCGGCCAGGGGGUGCUGUUAUUGUUCGGGACAUAGGUGACAUUGUUCUCAAAGUCAAGAAGGAUGCCGACCGUCUACAAUGGAAUAGCCGAGUUGUUGACACUGAAAAUGGGCCUCUGGAUCCUGAGAAGCUUCUCAUUGUGGACAAUUCCCUCCCACUCCCAGGGAGCUAA